AUUUAAAAAACAGUAAGUAGGAGGAGACUUGAGAGAAGGAGGAGGUGAGGAGAAGGCGUUGUCCUGACACGACAGAUAAAAGCUGAUGACAGUGAGGAGCGCGUGAACAGAAGAGGACCGGCGUUCAGUGUCUCCACUCAGCAGUAAACCAAAAUGGGAAAGGAAAAGAUCCACAUCAACAGCGUGGGCAUUGGCCAUGUCGACUCCGGCAAGUCCACCUCCACCGGUCACCUGAUCUACAAGUGCGGAGGAAUCGACAAGAGAACCAUCGAGAAGUUCGAGAAGGAAGCCGCUGAGAUGGGCAAGGGUUCCUUCAAGUACGCCUGGGUGUUGGACAAACUGAAGGCCGAGCGUGAGCGUGGUAUCACCAUCGACAUCGCUCUGUGGAAGUUUGAGACCGCCAAGUACUACGUGACCAUCAUUGAUGCCCCUGGACACAGAGACUUCAUCAAGAACAUGAUCACUGGAACCUCUCAGGCCGACUGUGCCGUGCUGAUCGUUGCCGCCGGCGUUGGUGAGUUCGAGGCUGGUAUCUCCAAGAACGGUCAGACCCGUGAGCACGCCCUGCUGGCCUACACCCUGGGUGUGAAGCAGCUCAUUGUGGGAGUCAACAAGAUGGACAACACUGAACCUCCCUACAGCAGUAAUCGCUUCGAAGAGAUCAAAAAGGAAGUGGGCGCCUACAUCAAGAAGAUCGGCUACAACCCGAAUUCUGUUGCCUUCGUGCCCAUCUCUGGUUGGCAUGGAGACAACAUGCUGGAGGCCAGUGAGAAGAUGGAGUGGUUUAAGGGCUGGGCGGUUGAACGCAAAGAGGGAAAUGCUUCUGGAAAAACACUGCUGGAAGCUCUGGACUCCAUCCUGCAACCCAAACGCCCCACCGACCUGCCCCUCCGUCUGCCCCUACAGGACGUCUAUAAAAUUGGCGGCAUCGGAACGGUUCCUGUCGGACGCGUGGAGACCGGUGUCCUGAAGCCCGGUAUGAUCGUCACCUUCGCUCCCGCCAACCUGACCACUGAGGUCAAGUCCGUGGAGAUGCACCACGAGACCCUGACCGAAGCCGGUCCAGGGGACAACGUCGGCUUCAACGUCAAGAACGUGUCCAUCAAGGACAUUAGGCGAGGGAAUGUGGCUGGAGACAGCAAGAACGACCCACCCAUGAGCGCCGCUAGCUUCAAGGCUCAGGUCAUUGUCCUGGGCCACCCUGGUACUAUCUCCGAGGGCUACAGUCCGGUGUUGGACUGUCACACGGCACACAUCGCCUGUAAGUUUAAAGAGUUCAUCGAGAAGAUCGACCGUCGGUCCGGCAAGAAGCUGGAGGACCACCCCAAAAGUCUGAAGAGUGGAGAAGCUGCCAUCAUCAACCUGGAGCCCAGUAAACCCCUGUGUGUGGAGAGUUUCUCUGAGUAUCCUCCACUGGGUCGAUUCGCUGUGCGGGACAUGAGGCAGACGGUGGCCGUCGGGGUCAUCAAGUCCGUGGAGAAGAAAGCAUCUGCUGGAAAAGUCACCAAAGCUGCACAAAAGGCUGACAAGAAGACAAAAUCAUAAGAAUUCAUAAAAGAAACAAAUUAAAAAAAAACAAAUACAUUUAAUUUGUUUUAUCUUUGUAAUCAUAUUUCUAAAUUCUGUAGUUUUUAAACAAUUCGAUUCCGAUGUCGCAAUGAAAUAAUAAUUUAUGACAGUGUUCUGUUAUUUCUACUCAGUGCCGUCGACUCACACUGGAAACCUUAGACUUGUUAUUAAAAUUUAUUUUCCAAUUUGAUCAUGA